GGUACGUAUUUGUAUAAAACAUGCAGUUAUUAGAACAAAUGUAGUGUAAAAUUAUGUCAAUGUGAAUUUCUACGUUCAAUUUUUCGCUCGAGUUCAACCAUGAUUAAAAAUGUAUCUCGUUUCGUGAAAAAUGUAACCGUCGAACCGGCGGUUUUAUUAUCGAUGGCUGCAUUCGUCGUAGUGGAACUAACCGGUGUUAAUUUAUUAAUUCAGAAAAAAUGCCGAUUUAACGCCACAUCAGAGCCAGACUUGAGUACCCCUUGUGACGAUGAAAAACAAGGAAUAGUUUUCGCAUCGGGAAUCAUGAGUUAUCUUCGUUUCAUAAUGUACUUCCUGAUCCUCUUGUACGCUGCGCUGGCAAUGAGCUGGAGUGACGGAGCUGGCCGAUGUCGUAAACCUUUAAUUAUGCUACCUAUGUUAGGACUUAUGGGUCAAUCGCUAUGUGGCUGUUUGCAUUCUUAUUUCUGGACUUGGGAUCCGUUUAAAAGCGCUUUGUGGAAUGUUAUUAUCGAAGUAGCAUGUGGAGGAAUAAUAUUGAUGAUUGUAGCUAGUCAAGCUCACUUAUGCGAUGUAUCGGACGUGGCAAGUCGUACGAUGAGAUUAGGUCUUUUUUCAGCUACUAAAACAGCCGGUGAUCUGGCAGGAUUCGGAAGUGCUGGGUUCGUGCUUCGAAAAUUUGGAUUUUUUUACACGUAUUUGAUAUGUUUUGUUUUAUCAACGGUUGCGUUGGUGUUGGCUUGGGUUUUUGUCGAAGAUGCAUCUGUGCAUGUGGAAAGAAAAGCGCAUUUUUGUCGAGUUUUUAAUGUUAUGCGAAUCGUUGAUAGUUUUAAAAUAGUUUUCAAGAAGAGUCUCAAGAGCAGGAGGAUCAUUAUUGUUAUGUUGAUUGGUAUCAAUGUGUUGGUGUAUUUCUCUGUGCAAGGUGAAAAUUCGGUUCAAUAUUUGUUUCUACGGCAUAAAUUCCAUUGGAAUGAACAGGAUUACAGUUUGUACGUUAUUUACAGAUAUAUUGGAGUUAUUAUUGGCAAUGUAUUUUGUUCAAUUGUCUUGAGCAAACUGUUGAAAUUACAUGACGCUGUGAUUGGUGCAUUGGCCGGAGUAUGGGAUACCGUUGCAGCUGUCGGAUACUUAUUUGCUAAUCAAAAUUGGCAUCUUUUUGUUGUUCCUCUGUUCGAUGUAUUUCAUGGUGCGGUUUUGUCAGUGAUGAUGUCAUUCUUCAGUAAAUUUUAUGAAAUUAAUGAACUAGGCCGUUUGUCGUCCGUUCUUCUUAUAUCAUCGUUGGUGGUUCCAUCGUGUUACCCAGCAUACAAUAUAAUUUUUCUGAAAACUUUGGACUUUUUCCCUUCAGCAUACUUCAUGUUGAGCAUUGUUAUAAAUGUCAUGAUUCUACUUUUGUAUCUUUCAUCGUAUUUUUUGAAUAAAAAAUUAAAUAAACAAGAAUCAGCAGCGGAAUGAAAAACGUCGUAAUCACUGAAUGGAUAUGGAAUAUUCUCAAACUUAACAAUAAAUCCUAAAAAAUUUUAUACAGAUUUGAAUAUUAAACUCGGAAAGGGGAGCUGUUCGCAAGGACAGGGGACAAGGGAGUUUCCUCCUUUAAAAGACAUUCGUUUAGAAGAAUUCUGACCCAAAAUGAAAAAUGUUCAAACAUUGUUUACGCUCAACUUCAACUUUUUUUUCGUUUGAUUUCCAACUUGGGAGUUUCAAACAAGGGAAUCAUUUUUUUUUUUUUGAGGGGGGAGGACUUUUCUCGAAAAGACGGUCAUUCAGAGGAAUCUUUGUUUUGAUUUUUUUUUCAAUUUUGAACGGAGUUUUUUUUUGAAAAAUUUUCAAUUCUAGUCAUAGCUUUCUUGAAUGCACCCCCCCCCUCCUUUCGAAAAAUACCUCGGUUCCCAAAAAAAUAAAAAUUGGUGAAUUUUUUUUUUGUUGAAAUUUCAACCUUUGUGUCAGAAUUCUUCUGAGGGAGCAUUUUUUUAAAAAUCGUGGGGUUUUUCGCUCUAGUCAUUUUUGUAGGAUGUAAAACAGCGUUAGGAACAAUAUACUGAAUUGAGUACCUACUUUUUUUUAUUAAAAAUGUCAGAUGGUAAAAAAAAAGUCUUAAAACUUCUCUAUUAUAGGCUAUAUACAAAUAAAUGUCUACAGGGUGUUCCGGAAAUUGUCUGUCAAAAUUCAACUGUUGAUUGUACUCGAGGAGACGAACGAAAAACGUCAUUAUGGCUGUUUGCCUUUCUUAUGAAAUGAAGGGGUCACGUGCUUCGUAAAAAUCGCAGUAUAAUUUUGAAAAAAAUCAUCAAAAAUAAUAAAUAGGUAUAUUUGAAUCAUUCAAAUGAUGCCCAUAACCCAUAAGUACUCGAGUGCACGAACGAAAAAUGUUUGCAUAACAAAUUGCCCAUUUUCAAAAUUGAAGGGACCAACUUGAUUCGAAUUUUCCAAAAUUUGGAAAGCUUUAAAUUUUAAGGAUUUCAAAUUUUCGAUAAGGUAACCUGCCCUAAUAUGGGAACCUUUUUGUAGAACCUGUAUCACUCCGAACCUAUUGCAUAUUUUUUAAUUCUGUUUCCACUAAAACGUACUCAAUACUCCAAUCUACAACCCCCUUGUGUUGAUUAAACAAAAAAAACAAAAAUUAUAUGAUUUUUUUUCGAUCAAAAAAAAAUUGAAAUUUUGACAACAAAAAAAAAGUGGUCCUAAUAUGAGACCCUAUGUUUUUUUUUAAAAAAAUAUAGGAAAAAAAUGGAAAUAGGAUAUAAAAACAUUAUAUUUUGGUUAAUAAACAAUACAAAUCGUUUUUACAGGAUAUAUAUGCCAUUUUUAUCAGUUUUGGUGCGCAUUGGGCACAUAAAGUCUAAAUCUUCAGCUGUACAUAGUUCACAGGCCCAUUAUUCAAAUUUCAUCCAAUUUUAAUAUUUUAAAUGAUUUUAUUACGUUUUAAAGUGUUUUAUGUCCAUUUUUAACCUGUUCCAAGAAAGCUCAAUGUAAUUUGUAUUACAAGAUGGGGUCUCAUAUUAGGCAACUCAUGGGGUCUCAUAUUAGGAAAUCAGUGUUUUUUUUUUGAUUUCCUCUAAAUCCAUAAAAUCAUAAAAUGAAUCACCAAACAUGCCAGAUUCAUAAAAUAUAACAUCUUGGCUGCACAUUUAUGUAAAGAUAUUAAAAUUACCUUGCCUAGUUCCGAAAUAAUGCGUCCCCAAAUACACCUCUAAAAAUAUUUCACGAAGUAAAAAAAAUGUUAUUGGCAAUGUAAUGAAAACAUUUCACAGAAACUUGCCAGUUGAAAGGUGCAGCCUAGUUAUUGACAAAUACCUAUUAGUACAUGCAAUCAGCGCUGGAGUGGGCUAAUAAACAGCUGAGAAAUCGAAGGGUCUCAUAUUAGGCAGGGUCUCAUAAUAGGGCAGGUUACCUUACGUGUUUGCGCCUUCAAUUUUGAAGAUAGGCAAUUUGUCAUCAUUAUCUUUCUGUUCGUCUAUUUGAGCACUCAUCGGUUAUUGAAGUCAGUUCAACAUUUUUGGGCAAAAAUUUACUAAUUUUGAAAAAUCUGCCAAAGAUGAGAAAAUGUUUGAAUUAUUUAAAUGACUUCACAGUUCACUAACUCAUAUAGUACUUGAGUGGGCGAACAAAAAAAGUUAUCAUGACAAAUUUCCUACCUUCAAAAUUAAAGGGCAAACUCAAUUUGAAAAUUCAAAAUUUUCCAAAUCUAGGGCACAACAAAUUUGGAAAUUUUGAAUCAAGUUUGGCCCUUCAUUUUUGAAGAUGAAAAAUUUGUCAUAAUGACAUUUUUUGUUCGUGCACCCGAGUACUACGACUACUACGAGUUACUAUGUGCAUGAUUUAAAUUAAAUGAUUCGACCAUUUUCUUAAAAUUACUAGUAAAUUUAGAGUUUUUCGAAGCUCGCUGCUCGUGGUUCCUUCAAUUCACAAUACAGGUAACCAAUCAUAAUAACGUUUUUUUGUAUAUCUCCUCGAAUACUAUCUACUGUUGAAUUUUGGUAGACGAUUUUCGGAACACCCUGUAUAAGUAGAUCAAUUACCUCGUACAAAAAACGUUCGUAAUUCAAAAUACUGUUGUAGAUUUAAGCUCACUAAAGCUUUAUAGUGCGUAUUACGUGUUAACGGUAUCAGUUCUUUUAUUACUCGUAUUGUCAUUUAAUCGAGCUAAAUACUCUCAUAUUUAAUUAUCUUAAGGUUGGUUUAUGGAAACGUACAGUAUAAUUUCGAGUUUAAACUUUGUAUGUCGUUUGUAGAAGAUAACAUUUUCAUCGAGUUCGUUCUUCAAAUUCAAAUUCAGUUAUGAUUAAAAAUAUACCCAGUUUCGUGAAAAAUAUAACAAUCGAACCGGCGUUUUUAUUAUACACCGCUACCUACGUUAUCGCCGAAUUAACAGGUAUAAAUUUAUUUAUUCAGAAAAAAUGUCGAGUCAACAUCACAUCGGAGCCGGACCUAAGCACACCUUGCGAUGAAGAAAAACAAGGAAUAGUAUUCGCCUCUGAAAUGAUCACAUAUUUACGUUUCACGAUGCUUUUUUUAUGCACAUUGUACGGUGCUAUAGCAAUGUGCUGGAGUGACGAGGCUGGUCGACGUCGAAGACCUUUAAUUUUCCUGCCCAUAAUCGGGCUAAUUCUGCAAUCAGUGUGUGGCUGCUUUCAUUCCUAUUACUGGACAUGGGAUCCCUUCUACGGUGCUUUGUGCAAUGUAAUAUGCGAGGUAAUAUCUGGAGGAAUACCAUUGAUGACGUUUGCUAGUCAAGCCUACGUAUGUGAUGUAUCAGAAGUGAAAAGUCGUACGAUGAGGUUAGGGGUUUUUUCAGCAGCUAGAACGUUAGGAGAUCUUUGCGGAUUUGGAAGUGCUGGAUUCAUACUUCGGAGAUUUGGAUUUUUCUACACGCAUUUCAUAUGUUUUGUGUUAUGUUUGGUUACGUUGAUACUAGCUGUGAGUUUUGUUAAAGAUGUAUCGGUGCAAGUUGAAAAGAAACGUCAUUUUUGGCAACAAAUCAAUUUCUUGCAAAUUUUCAGUAGUUUUAAAGUAGUUUUUAAGAAAAGUCUGGGUGGUAAAAGGUACAUCGUGGCAAUGCUGCUGAUUAUUUACAUUAUGGUGUUCUUCUCUACGCAGGG